AUGCAAUUUGUGUCCGCGCCAGGCGGCAUCCGCGACAUGUUCUCUCGCACGGACAAAGAGAAAAUCCCACCUGACCUCAAGCGCGCGCUCACGCUCCUUAACCUCUCCGACUUUGCCGGCGUAGAAGAGCGCUUCCUUGCCACGACCGCAUUCCUCGAACCGUGGGCGGUUUUCCGAGAUGCUGUUCUUCUCGUCAACAACACGCGCAACACUGAGCCGAGCAGCAUCACGCGGCUCGAUAUCUUGUGGUUCUAUACCCAGUUCGAUGAAGGUAUUCGACGCCACGAUCCACGUGCCGAGAAGACGGGCUCGCACUUCGAGAUCGAUAAGCGCGGCUGGAGCUCCACAGAGUUCGAGAAGCAUCUCCACGCUUGGCUGUUGCAGAGUUUCUUUGUGGGUAAAGCGUACAGUCCGUUUGGUUUCAGGUACUUUGAGCUCAAGAAUAUUUGCGCGGCUUGGGAAGAAGUCUUCGUACCCAUCAUCAAAGCCGUACGCGCUUCGUACAGCGUCAAGGGCAGGAGACACUACGGUCGUCUGGCGCUGUUCAUCGAGGACAGGUGCCCCAGUCGCCUCGCUUUCCCGGAAGGUAACAUCACCAUGCCAGACGGUGUCGUGACUUCACCAACACCAUUCCGCAUGGUAUCCAGGCCAUCGCACCUCCGCGGCGCCAGCCAGACUGUGCUGACAAAGAAGAACUACGAUGAGGCCGAAAGGGAGUUGCGCAACGUCUACCCGCAAUAUGGCGGCUUAGUCGAACGCCCAAAGUUCAAGCAGAACGUGGGAGAAUGGCUGGAGGAGCAGCGGGUUCGUGCGAUGCAUCGCAAAACAAUCGUUCAACCAGAGGCCGCGCGGUAUGUACCCAAGUACCAUCCUCAAGUCUUGAAACAGUCUGAGCAGGAGGCCCACGACAGGCCGCCCGAGAAGAAUAAUGGUAGCCGCAGCCCGAUUAAGCGUUGUUCUGACAGCAUACGCCGCUCGUUGUCAGGCAACGUCUCCGACGUUCGCAUUGGCAAGGCCACACAUCUUUCUACUCUUGAGCCUACACGUCCAAAAGCUCCAGAUACGCCAAAGGGUCCUUUGAUUCCAUACGGCCUAUAUUCCUACGUCCCAAGAAUGCCGAAACAAGAGCCUAAGAGUCCUCUUCAUGGCAUAACGCGACAAAUUCACGUCCCUGAUGAUGUGUCAGACCGGUCAAGCCAGUCAACACACCCAACCGCUAUUUCUCUACAAAAUUCGCCUGGCAAAGAUGAUGCAUGGCCACUGCCUGCACCACCUCUCCCACGGCCAGAGCUAUCACAGCAGAGAACGCCCGACCAGAGAGCAUACAUAUCCAUUCGCAACUCGAACCCAUUCAACGAGGUCACGCAUGAAGAUAUGUUGAACGUGGCUCAUCGCCGGAGUGUCGACUCGGAAGGCUCCAGAUAUUCUCCCAUGGGUGCACUGAGUGCCAUUCCGCGUCCGCUCAAUAACGACAAUGGCAGUUAUAACAACCCGUCCACGCAUGCGACGCUGCAGACAAGAGAAUUAUACUCGCAUGUUCGUCGUCCGAGCUACGAAGGCAACGGCUACCAGGAGGAGGUCAGCUUGACCAACCUCCACGCUAGGAAGAUCAGUGACAGUGACCAAUCCUCAGUCGGUGACGAGGUACCGUUGAAGCCACGCGGUCGCCUGCCCGCUCCCAUCAAUGUUCCGCCCCCGUACAUCAACCAGCUGCGCGUCGUUUCGAACGAUACAUACCACAACGACUCACCACCGAAUCCACAGGCAGUUCCAUGGCCAGGAAAUUCUCCCCCUAAGCCAGUCGCUUGGCCAGGUUUCGAGGACUCUCCACACUGUUUUCUAAAAGCUGCGUCUGCGAUCGCACCACCGAUUCCAGCCAAGAGCGCUGAGCGUUGGGCGUUGAAGAGGGGUCAGCGAUCCGAACAGAUUCUGCAUGAAGAGACACACUCGCACGAGAUGACGCGUAUCGUCUCGAGGGAGAACAUCCGCGCUGCUCUUGGUGAUCUGUCGCAGGAGAGCUCGAUGGAAGACCUCAAGGCGCACCCGGCUGCUCGUGCAAAGAACGCACCAUCACGUGUUGCGAGUCCACCGAGGCUGGAAACGUAUAACACGCACAUGUUUCCGAGGAAAGAUGCGCAUCACAACGGGGACUCUGGCCGAUAG